ACGUCCUGAAGGUGUUUGAUGAAAUGCCCUUGUGUGCUUGGUAAGGCUAAAGUGCUGUGCUGAAAGGGAAGGAGAAGGAAGCUUCUUGCCUGAUUAAUAAUAGCAAAAGUUCUACUUUCUCGGAGCUGGAUGCUAUAUUAGAAGGUUGGUUCUGUGAAAGGAAUUUUCUGCCUUCGGUUGUAUAGUGUAUACAAAUGCAGCUACUGAUCCUGAUUUAAACAACAGACGAAAGCUAGGUCCCAAGUAAGAAAAGAAUCCAUGCCAGAAAUGAAUCCUUACGGGACCAUGGACUAAACACCCUUGAACUUAUCAUUACAACAACCAAUACAAAACUACAGCGAAGAUGAUACCAUGAACUAAUGGAAUCUCUCUGGAAUGUGGGUUUUCGGGAGGACAGGUGAAUCCCCUGUUACGACCGGAAUUGAUGGCACUGGCCUCACUGCCAUCGUUACAGGUUUGUUUUUCUCCAUCUUGGUUCGAACUUGCUUUUAGAAAGUAGGAAAAGAUUGAAUCUUUGAUCUGAAUCAUCAGUUUGAAAAGUUGGUGUUUAAAAUGCAGGAGCAUCAUGUGGCCUUGGGCUGAAGACGACCCGAGUUCUUGCCCUGCGAGGUGUUCAAGUCGUGAUGGCUGCCAUGUAGGCAGGACUAUUGAGCUUGACGUCAUGAAGUUAGAUCUCAACUCGUUGGCAUCGGUUCGAAAAUUUGCCUUUGAAUAUGUCUCCACCGGCCUUCCACUGAUCAUUCUCAUCAACAAUGCAGGCAUUAUGGCAUGUCCUUUCUCAAUUUCUGAAGACAAUGUUGAGGUCCAAUUUACCAUAAACCAUUUGGGCCAUUUCCUACUGACUAACUUGUUGCUAGAGACUAUGAAAAAGACGACACAUGCAAGCAAUAAGGAGGGAAGGAUUGUCAUCCUAGGAUCACUUGCUCAUAUCUUCAUAUACUUUGGGAUGCGUGCUUAUGGACAGUCGAAGCUUGCAAAUAUACUGCAAGGGAAGGAGCUAGCAAGGCAUCUCCAGGAAGAUGGCGUGAAUAGAAUAUCACUGUUAAUUCACUUCAACCUGGAUCUAUUGUUACCAACCUUGUGCGGCAUCAGUGUAGUGAACGGGCUUGCAAACGUGUUUGUUAAAUUUGCACUGAAGAAUGCUGAACAGGGAGCUGCUACAAGCUGUUUUCUGGCGCUGCACCCUCAAGUAAGGUGUUACUGGUAAACACUUCAUGGACUGUAAUUUCGCCGAACCCAACUCCCUAGGGAAAGACAUGAAACUGGCUAAGAAGCAUUGGGAAUUUAGCUUGAGCUUGAUCUAUCAGGCAAGAACAUGAAUAAUAUAUACCCAAUUCAGAGCAACUCUAUAUACAGGCCUCUUUUCUUUCAACUGAGGCAGCUGUACUUCUUCCUACCAGAUAUGGUUACAGUUACAAAUUGAAGAGUACACCAUGUUCAGACAGGAAAUUUUCUAGACUCCUGUAUUCUUCAAGAGUGUAUUAUAAGAUUUACAGUUGUUUACAUCGCGCCUACGAAUAAUAUCUGAGCUGCUGCUAACAUGUCAGGUCUCAGUAAGCAAAUUUGUUUCUCAUCUAUCAGUUGUUCGAAUUUCCACCGCUUUGUUAUGGGUUGAAAGUAAUUAGUGGAUUCUUCUGCAAAAUGCCUGUUCUAAAAAUCCUUGCCCAGCUCUUUGUAGCCUCUGAAAUUUUCUAGCCUCAAGAGAAGCAUAAAAACUCUGCAAAUUGCUACUCAGGAAUGCCUAUGAUGAUGCAUUGUGAAGCCAGGAUUCAGAUCAAGGGAUGGCUUUAACCGAACACUAUCCCUUAGCAGUUGCUGAGAAACACGGUCAGCCAACACAGGCUGUGAAGUUGGAAGACCUUCACCAAGGUCCUGGUGUUGACCAAAUCGUCCAAAAUGGUGCCCAAAACUACCAUUAUUAUCUACUGAAAUCAUGUCCCGGAACAUGUGGGAGGUUUGAGACAAACCUCGGAACUUAUCAGGGUGGUUGUUGGAUGGUUCCUGAUAGGGAGUACUACUGCUACUACCGGUGUAGAAGCCAGUUUGAGACCUUGGAGUUUCAUGGAUGUAAGAUGCCGGCUGCCAUGAUUGAUGAUGAAAUGGGACGGCGCCACCUGUAAGGGGUGUGGAUGAACCUGAGGCGGUAAGAGGGCUGGAUAUAGGAGAUGGAGACAUCCUUCCACUCGUAUGUUGUUGUGGUGAUCUUGGAUACAGAAGAGGGCUCCCAAUAGGGGAAACUGGGCAUGAUAAGUUGUUCCUCGGCGCAUGGACGCCACUGGAAAAUGGGAAACAGAAUAAGAUUGUUAUGGAAACUGUUCGAAACACAGCAACUUUAUCAUAUGAUGAAACAAAAACCAACUAGUUGCAGUUGAGAGUUCUCAUUUUAGCUACUGGAGCUUAGGAGAGAGCAUGCGCACACAAAUGAAGAAAAACUUAAAACAUCA